AUGCUCCUAGAAUCGGCUCAAACAUUGGACGAGGACAUGGCUAUGGAAAUUUUAGACAAAUUGGUCGAUGGAGAGAAACUCAACGGCGACAGAUACGAGCUGCAACUAGCCGAUGGCCGUGCAGGUUACGGCGAUAUGGUAGCCAUGAGUUCUACUUCCCAUGGCGUACUACGCAUGAAUGAGCAUCAUUUCGGAACUUCUUCCAUCUUGGGACUCGCAGGAGUGAAUUCGACCACUCAUAGCACGACGCAGAGAUACUACGACGACAGCAUCUUAUUAGAAGCAUGCCGCGCUCAGUAUUAUGGACAUAUGCAAAAUGGGUUUACGGCCCGUCAUUCUGCAAUUGAUGCGGACGCCGAACAAACCCGAGACGCACACACCCAUUUAUGUACCUCCACAACAGACGAAUACAACCUCACGUCGACACUUUUGGCCAUGUAA